UCAAGAAUAAAGAGGGUCAAUCGAUUCCAGAUAAUAGAAAAAAAUUCUGUCAUACAAGAACACUGAAGACCUUGAUGCUGGUCAAGUUUUUAAUCUAUUACUUACAUGCAUUAAGAAUAGACUACAAGAGGAGGGCAUCUACAAAGGGCACCAGCUAUUCUAGGACGACAAUCUACGCCAAACAACGCUGUAGCCAAAACUGAACAGAGUUUUUUUUCGAGCAAUCUGAAAAUGGAUAACUGCAGCGCGCAGUCCACUAUCUUGGAAUCGACAGAGACAGAUACCCUGUACGAUGAAGCAGCGUUCCAGACGACGCUGUUACCAGAUUCCACUAGUCAAGACGUCUCCCCAUGGCAUCUACCAACGUCCGUAUCGCCGCACGACGGCCUCCUCGAACUGGAUUAUUUCAGCUACGACGACAUCAACCAGUCGCUGAGAAACGGAUCUUGGAACGACUCUAACUACGGCAACUCUUCCUUCGAAUACGAGUACGACUACGACGCGGCCUUGGGCACCUUCUUCUGGCGCCAACUUGUGCCUCCCCUGUUGGUGUAUUCGGUGACGUACGUGGUGGGGGUGGUGGGGAACGUCCUCAUCAUCUUCACGAUCGCCAGGUACAGGAGACUGAAGACCACAACCAACGUCUUCCUGGCUUCCCUCGCCAGCGCCGACCUUCUGCUGAUCCUUCUUUGCAUCCCCUUAAAGUUGGCACGACUGUUUUCCUAUACAUGGACGCUGGGUGAAGUCACCUGUAAAACGCUGUACUACAUACAGUGCCUCUCGGCCAUGUGCUCCGUUCUCACACUCUGCACCAUGAGCAUAGAAAGGUACUAUGCCAUCGUGUACCCAAUGAGAGCUCAGUAUCGCUGCACUAUCUCCCAGGCCAAGAGACUUUGCGCUGGCAUUUGGUUGAUUUCUUUCUUCCUGGCAGCGCCGACCAUCCUUCUACAGGUCCACAUGGAGGUCGGCGAGAGAGUGAAAGCCUUUUGGUGCGUGAGAGACUUCGAUUCGCCCCUCGUGUGGCGAGUGUACGAGACCUACAUGCUGGUGGUCGUGUUGGUGAUGCCGACGAUCAUCAUGGCCGGCGCCUACACGUCCAUCAGCUGCGCCAUCAUCCACAUGGUGGCACAGAGGAGAACUAUCACGGGAAAAGGACAAAUGUGA